AUGGCCAUCACCAACCACGGCAUAACGUGCACUUUUCUCACAUUACCUUCAUCCUUCUUAAUAUUGGCCCCAGGACCUGAAGGAAAAGUCCAUGAGUCCCCACCUACCCCCACGGCAACCACGGCACCUGGGGAAGCACAGCCAGAUAAGGAUUCCUUACCAAAGAGUCCUGAUGUAUCGCCCCCAGCACCCGAUUCCAGGAGUCCCUCAUCCGGUGCGUCAGGUGCAACCGGCGCCCCCGGUAACAGUGGUGGAGGUGCCGUCGCCGCUGGUAGCGGCAAUGAUGACCCCCCUCCUCUCAAUCCACCCAAACCCAAACCAGAACCCACGAACCCAGAUCAAUCGGGGAGCAGCCCCGGCGGCACCGGCGCGGGCGGUCUACCAGAUGGUGCUGGUGGUGGAGCAGGACGUGGAGGCGGGGGAGGAAGUGGAAGUUCCCCCAGUUCAACCACAAGCCGCGCUACUGCUUCUAAUGGAGACGAUAAGGAAAACAACGCUGCCGACAGUAAAAUGCAGGCUGAAAAUGUUGGAUUUGAAUUAGACCUUAAACCAUACAAAGGGGGCCUGGAUGGAUCAUAUGCACCACCAAGCCCAGAGGUUACAGCAUCUGAUAAACCAGUUACAAUUCCGGGGCGCUCGAAAGAUGAUGACGCUAUCUCCCCCAUUUUUACUGCAAAGGACAUCUUCCUUUCUUCUCCUAUUCUUAUCUUCGUUGCAUCCGUCACUUCCCUUAUCGUCCUCUAUUCCCUUUGGAAACGCACGAUCAUGGAGCUACAUCUAGAAGUGCUCAACGAAUGUGAAGCACCCGAAUGGGAAAACGUCAAAGACGACUAUUUGCAGAUUGUCGUGGAGGACUUUGCACAGGAGUUUGCGCAGGAUAUGAUACGGGACGACAACAGGAAUAACAAUAUCUUGGAUGUUCCUAACUCGCACGCCGCUUUAGCAACCCACGAUUCGACAACCCUGGAUUCAUGUCGACCUAAGGAAGAGGACCCCGAUCCAUGGAGUUGUAUGGAAACUAUACAGUUUAAAGAAGAGGGGACUCCUGCUCCUUUUCCCGAGAAUGUGAAUUCGAGAGUAGUAUGCAGGAGGAGUUAUAUGUGGAUACAUUAUUACAGAAUAUGCGAAAUGAGGAUGGGCAGCACAUGA